AUGGCAUCACAGCCGCUGUCGUUCCAGAGCUCCUCUACUUCAGUCGACCACCAGAUCAGCCAAUGGCUCUUCUGGGACUACCUCCACAACGGCUGGCUCUACGGCCCGAGCGCCUACCAGACCGGUCUCCCCGCCGAGCACGAGGACCGACACGACUGGACUUACCGGAACCACAACAGCCGCUUCCGCUCCCGGCCGGACAUCCCCUACCGCCACCCCCUCCUCAUCGAAGACCUGCGCGAGGGCGUCGAGGCCUACGUCUCCCACGGGCAGCAGUACAAGUGCCAGCGCCUGCUGGACAUUGUCGACGGGACGAUCGCCAUCAUGAACGCCUUCCGCAGGGACAGGGCGUGGCGGGACCGGGUCGUCGCGUUCACGAGGCGGUUCGAGGACGGGAGCGCGCUGAGGGUGGAGCGGAGCCUCGCGGCGCUGGCGGACGACGUGCUCGGGCAGUGGACGCAGGUGGUGUGCAAGGGCGUGCUGGAGCGGACGUUUGAGAGCGUAGGGCUGGACGCGGACUGGCCGGACCAGGAGAGGCUGCCGGUGCCCUGGGUGUGGAAUCGGGCCUGGGUAGAGGAGUUCUUUGGGGACGUCGUGCUCUGGGCGCCGGAGUGGUGGAAACAAGGGACGCUGAGGAGGUCAGAGAUGCUGUUCAGGAGGUAUCCAGACCGGCCGGGGGAGGUGCUGUGGGAUACGGUGCAGAGGAUGUGGGAGUGGCAGUCGGUGCUGAAGACGUCGGACAGAAUUCUGACCGAGGAGAUGAGCCGGUCUGGCUGA